CCUGCAUUCGUCCGAGUCCGUCCAAGACAAAUUCAAAACAACCCUGCGUGCGAUACGCACAUAAGACGAAUUGGCCAGAACGGUACAUAUAGAGGCUCUGACGUGGAUCUGCGUUUCCUUUUCGGUGUAGCUUCGCAGUCGUUCACGUUGCCGGCGCCGACCUCAUUCCACCGGACGCGCCCUUACGACUUGUCUACAUUUAUCUAACGGGAGCUUGCAACCAUGGCGCGCAAUAUGUACUCUCAGUCGGCUUAUGUUCUAUCGGAUAUGGGCGACAGCGACGACUUCGAGCUACAGGCACAGCAGCAGAGGGCGGCUCUUGCACGGCGCGAGUAUCUGGGUGACUUCAAGUAUAGAAACGAUCCGCACUCUAGGGCGAAAGGAUCACGGCACUACUACUUCAACAAGGAGCAGCUACAUGAUUUGGCAAGGAGAACGGUGCAGCUUGUGCCUAUUCGGCUGGAUUUGGAAGUCGAAGGAGUGAAGUUACGGGACCAAUUUACUUGGAAUCUUAACGAGACACUGAUAACGCCAGAGCAGUUCGCGACGCUUUUGGCGGAUGAUUUCGAUUCACCGUACGCCCACCAGUUUGUUCCCCUCAUCGCUGAGGAGAUCCGAAGACAGGUGCAAAACUAUGGCGUCGCAGCGGAGGAAGACCCUGAUGCAGAAGGGAAGCCUAGGAUCAAGGUUGACGAGAACGAUGAGACUGCGUAUGGGGAACUGAGGAUUGCUGUCAAGCUGGAUCUGAACGUAGGAACACUCCACUUGACAGAUCAGUUCGAAUGGCCUUUGUUUUCGACGUCGUCCAUGACGCCGGAGGACUUUGCGAAACAACUAGCGUCCGAUUUGGGGGUGGGAGGGGAGUUUGUGCCUGUGAUCGCACAUGCUAUACGCGAACAGGUGUGCUUUGCUCGAAUGAACUACAACGAUGCUACACCCGCGCCGCCUCUCCGUGGCCGACCCUUUCGAGCUGAGAAUGUGGAGGAUGAAUGGGAACCGGAGCUACGAGAGCUGACCGAGGAAGAUAUCGAAAGGAUCGUCAAGGAGAAGGAGCGCAAUACUCGCCGUUUGAGGAGACAGCACCGUCAAACACUCGGUCGCAAUACGUCAACUGCCGCGACAACGCCGUAUCCCCAGCGGUCUGAUACCCCGCAAUCAACUGGCUUCCGUGACCGGCCCUCUCGCGCUACGAACUCGAUAUAUGCUUCCAAUCGACCGCCUCUGCGCGGCAGCAAUCUUAAUGAAUACGCUGCUUCGCCCGGCCCAGAACCUACUCCAGCACCCACGCGCGAGCGCUAUGCUGCGUCUCCCGCCCCGGCGCCUAUUCAACGAUAUGCAUCUGCGGAUGUUCCUGACGUGCCGCAACAUGCAGUGCAACCUCAUGUCAAUUCGACGUCAGUACCGCAGCAAGCAUACACUCCGCAUCCAUCGCAUUCUGGAACGCAAAUGCAAAAUUUCACCCCAGUAGCGCCCGUGGCGUCACACCCUUUGUAUUCUAUGGAAUCAAAUUACACACAUCAACAAUAUCCUUAUCCGUUUGCAACAUCUACUGCAUCAAUCCCACCUUCUUCCCUACCGGCAUAUUCUGGUCUGAGCAUACUUCAUUACCCCCAACACCCAUUCGAGCUCCGCAGUUUGCUGACUCGGUCACACAAAGGUCAGUAGGCAACCCGCUAGUAGCUCCUCCUGUGGCAGUUUCGUCCCCAAAUGUGGCAGCGGCGGAGCGGAUCUCACCCCCGAAGCAAAGCGCACCGCGCAUUCCACCUGCGUUCGACCCGGAGCUGCAGCAGAGGCAAAUGGAGAUGAUGCGGAAAA